UAACGUUACAUUUCCGGCCUACCAAAGACCAUUUAGCACGCAAGCUAACAUCUGAUAGAAAUACUACAUUUUUUCGCACUGCUAUUUGGUGACGCCAAAUAACAAACAUGAUAAAAGCUAUAUUGAUUUUUAACAACCAUGGGAAGCCGCGGCUGAUUCGAUUCUAUCAAUAUUUUUCGGAGGACAUGCAGCAGCAGAUAAUUCGAGAGACUUUCCACUUGGUAUCAAAGAGAGAUGACAAUGUUUGUAACUUCUUGGAGGGUGGAAGUCUUAUUGGAGGCUCAGACUACAAGUUGAUUUACCGGCACUAUGCUACUCUCUACUUUGUCUUCUGUGUGGAUUCAUCUGAGAGCGAGCUUGGCAUUUUGGACUUGAUUCAGGUGUUUGUGGAAACGUUGGAUAAAUGCUUUGAAAAUGUUUGUGAAUUGGACCUAAUAUUCCACAUGGAUAAGGUUCAUUAUAUCCUGCAGGAGGUGGUGAUGGGAGGCAUGGUGCUGGAGACCAACAUGAAUGAGAUCGUAGCACAAGUAGAGGUGCAGAACCGCAUGGAAAAGUCAGAGGGAGGUCUUUCCGCAGCUCCAGCUCGUGCCGUCUCUGCUGUGAAGAACAUGAACCUGCCGGAGAUCCCCCGGAACAUCAACAUUGGAGACAUCAAUAUCAAAGUGCCGAGCCUCUCCCCGUUCUGAAGAGCAUUCCAGCCAAACUCUGCAGGGCCAGAGAGCGGGACUACUGAUGCAGACCGCCAGCAACACUCAGCUCUGCAGCUAAUGUAGACAACACUGGUUUUUAUUCCUAUAAUGAAGAACCACAGCGGCUUACAUUUCUGUUCAUCAAAAGUUUUGCUAUAUGUAUAUAAGAGGAAUUCUGAACUCAGUUUAAUCCUGCAUUUGCAUAUUAAGUAAAAAAAAUUGCACAACACUUGAGAAGUUUUACAAAGCAUCUGUAUCUUUGAGUCCAUUAAUUUAUGCAGUUAGCUACUUAAUCUUUUCAAAUUAGAUACAAUUUCUCUUUGCUCAAUGGGACUUUUCAGCACCUCUAAGCUUCAGCUGUUUAUUAGGAGGAAUUUGAACCAAGCUAAAGAAAAAUCAUUACUCUUUUUCCUGAGUUUUACUGGACCUCAUCCAGUCCAUGUGAAAAAUGAUACUUUGUCUUCUGUGCUUAUCUGUAAUAAUUUAAAAAACUCUUGGUUUUUGCCAGGAGAUCAUUUUCCCCUCUGUAAUUUAUUACAUCUUUGGCGUCCUCAUAAUUUUUGAUGAAUGUUGCUCCUGGGGGCGGGUUGCGUCCGGCUCUGAUGAUGUAAAUGCUGUUUGGCUCCAGUCAACCUUCAGUGUGCCGUCAGAAGGUCUUGACAACAUCUGUUAGGGAGACAACAGAGCUUUUUUCCCCCUCUGAUAGUUUGUGUUUCUGUAAAUGUUUUUGUGUCUGAUUUGUUGAAUUCAGCUGUCGGAAAUUGUUACACUGUGUUGGUAGUUUUACUAUGAGAUGAUGUGAUCUGUAAUGGAAAGUAGGCAUGUCAUGGUGUCAAAGACAUUCCUUUGCCAAGGUAAAUUAAUUAAACUAAUAACUAUUUAAUCA